CACUUCCGCUGCAAAAUCGGCCAUUUCGUCGGCGCCGGCAGUAGUUUAGGAAGUAUUUUGCUGCGCUGCAAGGUGGUUAAAAAAAAGGGAAGAGAAGCAAAUUAAGAACCAAGCGUUUAAUUGAACUUGAAAGGGGGGGGAAAAAAAAACAAGAAAUGGCGACUGACAGGGUUGUAAGUUUCCUUAAGGAUUUCCUUGCUGGCGGCGUGGCUGCUGCAAUUUCCAAGACGGCGGUGGCUCCCAUCGAGAGAGUGAAGCUUCUACUGCAGGUGCAACAUGCAAGCAAACAGAUUGCAGUAGAUAUGCAAUACAAAGGGAUCAUUGACUGUGUUGUACGCAUCCCAAGAGAGCAAGGUUUCUUGUCCUUCUGGCGUGGUAAUUUGGCCAAUGUGAUCAGAUACUUCCCCACCCAGGCUCUCAACUUUGCUUUCAAAGAUGUGUACAAACAGUUUUUCCUUGGUGGUGUUGACAAGAAACAAUUCUGGCGUUACUUUGCUGGUAACUUGGCUUCUGGUGGUGCAGCUGGUGCUACGUCGCUCUGCUUUGUCUAUCCUCUUGACUUUGCUCGAACGCGUCUGGCUGCUGAUGUUGGGAAGUCUGGAGCAGAGAGAGAGUUCACAGGAUUGGGUAACUGUCUUACCAAGAUCUUCAAGUCGGAUGGCUUCAAGGGGCUGUACCAGGGCUUCAAUGUAUCUGUACAAGGCAUCAUCAUUUACAGAGCUGCAUAUUUUGGCAUCUAUGAUACUGCUAAAGGAAUGCUCCCAGAUCCUAAGAACACCCACAUUGUGGUCAGUUGGAUGAUAGCUCAGACUGUAACAGCUGUUGCUGGUGUGACUUCCUACCCAUUUGACACUGUCCGUCGUCGUAUGAUGAUGCAGUCUGGUCGGAAAGGAGCUGAUAUCAUGUACAAAGGAACGCUUGACUGCUGGAGAAAGAUCCUUCGGGAUGAGGGUGGCAAAGCUUUCUUCAAGGGUGCUUGGUCCAAUGUGCUCCGAGGCAUGGGUGGUGCUUUCGUGCUAGUCUUGUACGAUGAAUUCAAGAAGUUUGUCUAAAUGGUCACAGACGUCAAUGUUGCGUGAACCAGUGUUGUACUUGUAACAUAUCUUGUACAUUCAUGGACUGUUAAGUUACACCUAUUUAUGGGGGCCCAAUCCAGUAUCUUCUGGUUUGGGUUGUGAAGCGACCAUUUUAAGUGACCACAAUCAUUCUCUAAACUUAGUGUCAUUCCAUGCUGAUGGGACUAAAUCACUUCAUCCAACUGAAUCUCUCUUUUUAAAUCAAUGUAACAAAAGAAAAUAAAAGACAGUGUAAAUGA